AUGGCAGCAGGAAAUAAUGGAGCAAGGCAGAUAGCCUCGCUUCUCAGCGUUUGCCGAAAUUGCCAGGAGGCAUUGGGCCGUCGAAGCUUUGCUACAGCAACUGUGUCCUCAGAUGCCGCUUCAUCGAGCAGCGCCAUACCGCCGGUCGCCGCUGCAGAUACUGCCCAAAAUUUCCCAUAUAGGAUCAAAGCUGGAAUCAUCCUCUCGCGUGCACCCCGUAUCACACGAGACCUCACUCCUUUCGAAAAGUCAUUCUAUUUCUACCAGCGUCGACUGAAUGAGCGUCUUGCCCUCCCUUUCACACGAUACUUCUACUUUAAGCGCGGAACCCCAACGGACGAAGAAUGGAAACGCAAAUUUAAAGACCGCCAGACGCCCGCAAGAGAUAUAGGAAAAUACAACGCCUAUUCGGAGACGGCUUGGAACGAUGAACUGCUAGUUGGUGCAACCGAGUCUGAACCACAGAACCAGGUGGAUGCUCUUGUGCGCGAUGCAGAAGGAUUUUCUCUUUCAGAAUCAGACGGGGACGCGAUACACGAUGAAGUGCCAAAACCGCUACCAAGGAUCACGGAGGCAGAUAAGAGCGGUGACGAGAAGAGCUUAGAUCGAGCUUUGCAACGUACGCUGUACUUGUUAGUUAAGGUCAAACAGGGUUACUGGAAGUUCCCUAGCGUCGUCUUAAACGCUAAGGAAAACGUUCGAGCGGGAGCUGAACGUAGUUUGUUGCAAUCUGCUGGUCCCAACAUGAACGUCUGGACUGUUGGCUAUCACCCCAUCAGCCAUUAUGUCCAAAACUUUACCAAGCCGAUUAUCGAUCCAGCGACCGGUGUGGAACUCAAAGGCGAGAAAACUUUCCUUCUCAAGGGCAGGAUCCUAGCUGGUCAGGCCAAUAUCGCAGAGAAUAUGCAGGAUGUUGUUGACUUCAAAUGGCUCUCCAAGGAGGAAAUUCAGAAACACGUGAUGCUACCAUACUGGAGUGCGAUUAAGAAUGCGCUGCCAGAGAGGUGA